AUGGCGAACACGCAAAUAACAAAGCAAGCUCUACUCGAGCACAAAGUCAUUCCAGACGUCCUUCCAGACACCAUCAACCUUUCCUACGACCUAGCUCUAGAAUGGCCAAACACAAAACUCGACACACCAGGCAAAGAACUAGCCAACGCCGACACGAAAGAAGAACCAAAAGUCUUCCUCGAUCCCGCAGUGAGCAUUCUCACUGAUCUCGCGUACUACGUCAACUGA